CCACCCAGUAUCCGCCUCAAGAAUGGAGAUUACAGCCUUCGAGUACCAUCGCAAGUUCGACAGCUACCUCGAGCUGGGCGACUGUCCCCACCAGAGAGGUCAAGUUUGCCCUGCCACACAACACAAAUUUAACGGUCAACGAAAUCAGGCAGUGCCCACCACCUGCGGGCCCCAGGAAGAUUCCAGAAACGUGCUCAUCACCGACCCCCUGCAGAUCAUCACACACAUCGGCCUGUGUGGGGGUGAGGCAGCCUCGUAUCUGGGUAUUCUCAUUCACGGGGACUGUGUGGCGGUUGAGAUUUCUAGCAAGCUAGAUUUUACUGACAAAACUUUGAUUCGGGCAUCGAUUCAAUACUACAGAAGCUCUUUUGAUUCCCUUGAAGACACACCAGCUGUUCGUGAAGGCUUUGAAAAUUAUUUCACAGAUAAGUACUACUUGAAAAACCGGUUCUAUGGGACAAUGGAGAUAAUGUUUGUCCAGUUCCAUUUCUCUGACGUUAACACUGCCAAUUACUCCAGGACCAUCCAGUUGCUCUCAACAAAGAUGUCUGACUACAUGAGGGCCAUUAGCAGGGCUGUAGGCAAACCAAAUAAAGUGACAAUUAUCAGCUUAUCCACUGCCAAACAAAAAGACCUACAAGUGAAAAAAUUUAAUAUCGACAACUUCGACCGAGCUCUGAGGGAGGUUGAGAUUCUCGAGUGGGAGAGUCAAGUAACGAUGGAUCAAAUUAACCUGAAAAAAAUCACACCCCACCUGAAUUAUGAGUUCUACCCUUACGUAGAUACUGUUGAUUCUGGGUUCCGCAUUUUCAAUCCUUUACUGUGGGAAAACAUUUCCAUGACGGAGAUCAAGCUGCAUCAGGCCGUUGCCCUGUCCAAGAAGAUGUCAAAACUGUGUCGACAUGACAACUCCAUUCCCUGUUCAAGAAUUCGGGAACUGAGGCGCAAGCUGAUCAGUUACCAGAAGGAUAUUCAUGAACUAAGAAUUAAGUGGGUUGACAUGAGCCCAAAUGAAAAGAAUAAAUCAUAUUUCAACCAUAUCAACAGCGUAGAGGCUCAUAUCCGAUCAACUGAACAGCAAGCCAGAAAUAUCCGGCUGAAUAAGAAGAAAGAAAAGAUGUUGCAGAGAGAAGAAGAGAAAAAGAAAGCCAACCAAGUCCCAACCAAUCCCUCAGGCGACCUGCAGACUAAUGAGAUACCUAACUACCAGCAUCCCAAUAUUUCCAAUGGGAGGAAGCCUCACAAGAUCCGCCAUCCCAACAGUAAAAAACUGCGAUCAAGGAACGCUAUCAAACAGAGACGAAGCAUGGGGGGUGCGACCCCAGCAAAAACUAUUUAAAGAUAAAAAAAUCCUGUUUUAGGAAAAAAAAAUAAUUUUUAAAGUGCCGGACAAGAAAUUUUAAAUUUGAUUUUUAAUGAAACAUAAAAUUCAAAAUUUUAAAAACAAUUAAGUCUCAGAAACUAGAAAUAUUUGAACAUUAUGAAUGAAAAAUUUCAUCAUAACGGAGGUAGUAUAAUACGAAUAAGGUGUGUAUAUUACAAUAUGAUUGAAGGUUUCAGUACUAAGUCAUUGAAGGAAAAAGUGCGAUCUGUUAGGUAUGUGCAUAAUUCUUGUCUUGGGAUGGCAGCCAUUGCCACUGUUGUAUAGCAAGUAACAUCAGUUUUGUACUGUUGCUUGUAUUGCCUCAAUACCUCAUCUUGCAUCAGCUGUGUUACUUGUUAAGAGAUAACUUAUUUCUGCGUUAAACAAAAAACAAAUGUGAUCACCCCCAUGUUAGAGAUCACACGCUGUGAUAAAGACACUUACAUUGCUUGCUACCUAAAAUAUGCUGAAUGACAUAUUACAAACAAGCAAUGAUUGAAUUUUAACUUAUAAAGUUAAGUGUAAAAUAUGUAGAUUUAUUUUUAUUCUGCAUGCAGUAUAAUGUUGAGCCUUGGUUAUAAUUGGUAUAAUAAUGCCAAUUGAUUUAUCAAAACAAUUUAAUGUACAUAGAAAUGUUUCAGUAACGCUUUAAUAAUUUAUGCACUUAAAAUUGAAUGUAAUUUUGUUGUAAAUAAUAUGUUUAUAAGAAUUCCUGUUGUGAAUGAUAGAUUUCACUGUUUAAUGUCUUCUGAAUUUAUAUAAUAGUUUUUGUGGUACAGUGAUUAUUUAAUUAAGUCAUGAAUAUUUUUCUUUUAGUAUUUUAACUUAUAUUUUUGUAUCUCUUCAUUAAGAUAAUAUUACUUGUAGACACUUCACUUUUAAUAAUAAUUUUUUUACUAUGGAAUUGUAUAUAUAUAUAUAUAUAUAUAUAU